AUGGACAUCUCUGGCUCUCCAGUAGCAGCGAGCGAUGGGUCAUAUGAGCGCAUAGACGCACCGAGCGCUCUGCACACGUGGUUCGCGGUGCCAGAUGGAUUCGAGCGCUUUCCUCCAACCCUCAUUGCCCAGAUCCGGGCACGUCAAGCCAUCGACUUCCCAGAUGGGCUCAUUAUUGAUCUUUUGCUGGCACUGCUCAUUCCAGGUCCCCAGACCUUGACAUAUCCACCCGAUGUGGAUGAUUUGGUGAAUGCUGCCUCAGAAGCCCUGGAGGAGGCAGACCCAAGCGCGAAGGCCAGGGUGAAUGCGAUUGUGUACUACUUUUUACUGGAUCACGCGGCAGCCUUGAAAGCUCCAGAUUGUGGUAUCGACAUCAACACGUCCGCUGAAGCUCAAGACCUGUCUACAAGACACAAGCAAUUCUCGCAAACCGUUGGGUUACCCAAGCAGUAUCAAAAUGCCAUCAAAGGCUACUUCUUGAUGGAGAGAGGCCAUUAUAGAGUAAGUCUGCUCUAAGCAUACGAACAUGGCGGAUCCUGGCUAGGGCAAGCUGCUAAUGCAAUUAGGAGCUCUUAGGAGGCUCUGCCCCUUCUCUCAGGCGCGGAUUUCCAACCGCUCUUGCAGCGUGCCUUGUCACCUCUAGGCCCAAGCGCGAUGGGACCCUCAAUGGCUGAACGAAGCUCACUCCUGCUCAGCUUGUACCGACUGUCGGCCACGAGUCCCAGCGCUCCAUCUCCCGAAGCCUCUGAAGCUCAAUAUACGGCAGCAAUAUUCCAGCUAGAAGGUUUUGUCACAGCCACUGCGGUCGUCCAGGGUCUGCGUUCAGCAUGGAAGACGACCGAGGCGCUCACCACUUCGGGCAAGAGUGGCGCAGGGACUGACGCAGAAAGGCAGUGCAAGCUCUCGCUUCUCAAGUGGGUUUUCAUCAGUAGUAAGUGCCAUCUCUGCGCAUAGGCUCCCGUGGCGGUGUUCUGCCUCCGCUCACCUUCCAGCUGCUAUUCUUGGUCCAGCCCCCCUUCGCGUCGGCGCUGUAUCAGAGCUCCUAGGAACUUCGCUGUCUCCAGCGGAUCAUCGACUGCUACAUGAAUUUGUGACUAGAUUUUCCAGCGGGCUCGAUCAGCAAUGCGCUACACUAGCUCUCGAUACCCUUCUGGUACGGUACAUUAAUGCAGGAGAUUACCUCUCUGCAGCUCGGCUAGCCGACACUGUCCCUGCUCCUCUGUACAACGAAGCCGGCGCAGGCGUCGAGGAAGCAAAGCGUGCUCGCGCGCUUCGCGAAGGCCGGCGCAAGCUGGUCGAGGGUAGCAGGAACAUCUUGCCCGACGUGCAGCGGACGCUUCUAGAUAUCCAAGAGGGUCUCUCUACUGAGCACAAGCGAGGGGGCUCAGCAAAUACCGCGGGGGUCGGAGAAGACUCUGAUCAGGAAAUGGCAAUGUCAUGGGAAGCUGUUGGACGCUCAGCAGCGCUUUCGCAGAAGAAUCCACCACGCCCUCUGUCCGCCACCAGUGCUUUGCGGCAGCUUCCCUCCGUGGCUGAUGCCCCCAGAGCUGCUUCGCAUGCCAUCGAUCCUGUCGGGUCGCUGCUGCACGCUGUGGUCAAAAACAGUCCUAACAGCAAGAGCAAUGGUGCGGAGGAUGGCUUGGCCCCAGAACGACGGCAAUUGGGCUCAGGGGUGAGCUCCCUAGACAAGCGCAGCGCAGACAGCAUGGCCGCCAGUCCGUUUAGAGGCUCCUCCUUGCGAGAGUCUCUACAGAAGCCCAGACACAGCAACUCCUCGCUCGGCACCCCUAGCCGCACUUUUGAUGGUCAGCAGUCCCGUAAUUUACUGAUUUCUCAGUCCCCUUUUGCGGGGCCACCGAGAGGUCAGCGCUCUGCCACCGGAACUGCGCCACAUCGCCGGUCGUCAGGCACACCUGAUGCUAUUCAGAAAGAUGCACCCGCUAGAGCCAGUCCUUUUGCUUCGUCUCAAGGGAGAGUACCAUCGCACGGAGCUGCCAGAGUUCUCUCCUCGCUCAGGCGUCGAGUUCCCUCCCCUUCUCCGCCAGCAGAUGCAGAGAUGGAGGACGGCGAUGCGGAGCCGGAGCCUGAGAGGCCCCGGCGACGCGGGGUGGCGCGUCCAAGGAAGCGAACACAGGCCGUAACUCAGACCUCACGCGCGGAUCCUACCUCUGAGGCAGAGGAAGUUCCUGGCGGUUUUCCGGAAUCCGAGGCAGUCUCAGCUACCAGUGUUGAACGUCGGCGCGCCGCUAGAGAGCCGGUGGAGCCGACCUCGAUCAGCAACGCGAGACCUCAGCGCAGAACGCGCCAAAGGUCAGCUGAUCUCGAUACGCUCUCAAGACACCAAGCUGAGCCGGAAUCAGAGAUGGACGUAGGCAGAGGCUAUGCCCCUCUUACUCGCACACGAGGCGGAGCAACAAGGGCGACAUCCACCAAGGGCGAGUCAUCUUCGGCACCAAGCGCUGAGGAAAGAUCCGAACUCGCAGGUCAGGACACUCUAGCCGCGCUGCCGCAGUCAAGAUCUGCUCGUAGAGCCAGGACGACUCGUUCAAAAACGCCUUCGCGAGAGCCCGUCGAAUUGCGACGUUCUGUUAGGCUCAGUGUAGAGCCUGAGAAUGCUGGAAGUGGACAGGAGCCCGAAGAUCGUGAUGAAGAAAAUUUCCAAGCAGGAACACGUCGGAAGAUGGCUGCUAAGAGAGGGUCGAGUAGGAAGACGCGCUCAGAUGACGCUCGAACGAACGAGACUGAUGAAGAGCUGGCACAUGAGUCAGGAGGAGUUCGUACUAGAAGUGGCAAGUCCACCAUGCCUGGUUCAUUCUGA